AUGCAAAAAAUAUAUAUUUUUGAUUUUUUUCAAUUCCCAACGACCGAGAAUGAAUGGAGAAACAUUGCAGACGACUUCGAAAAGAGAUGCAACUGUCCGAACUGCCUGGGGGCGGUAGAUGGAAAACAUGUCAAUAUAAAACCGCCCACCGAAAGUGGUUCAUAUUUUUAUAACUAUAAAGGAGCAUACAGCCUAGUGCUCUUGGCAGUGGUCAACGCAAAUUACGAGUUCAUUAUGUGUGAUUUCGGGAUCAACAGCCGCAUAUCUGAUGGAGGAGUUAUUGAGUACAACCAGUUUUACCGGAAGCUUAAAGAUAGGAAACUCUCCAUACCACCUCCAACAAGAACAAUGAACAGUAAAGAAGCAUUGCCAUUUGUUUUUAUAGGUGAUGAAGCGUUUGCACUCCGCUGUGAUUUCUUGAAACCAUUUAGCCAGAGAGACUGGGAUCAUGAUAAGAAAAUUUUCAAUUAUCGUCUCUCAAGGGCAAGGAUGUAG